UUAUAGAUAAAGUUCCAACACAAACGACGUCAAGUUUACUUUACCUGCUUAGUUGUCAUUGAAAAUAUUGAAUUUAAAGAGCAAACUUUGCGUGCAACUGUAUUUACUUGGGCAGCAGGCAGUCAUAAAAUGAUGAUCGUUUUAAGACCAAUGCGUGAACAACGAACCCAACGAUACUAUUGUUUCAGAUCGUAUCCUGUCCAUCCAGAUCAUCAAUCAAUGAUUCAAGAUGCAAACCAAGAACAUAAAUAUAGAGAGGGCGCCCAAUAACAGCACAGAUGGAGGCGGUACACGCAUCAGUAUGCCUGAGAAAACCGUCCUAAUGAUACAGCAGCGCGGCCCCCAAAAUAUCCCCGAAGGCCUCCAGACAGCAAACAACGAUGCAGACAGCGGAGCUCCUCCGUUACCACCCAGAACGGCAAUUAUUUUCACCCCUUUACCUGCCGUCUCGAAACCGCAAGUUGAGGUGGAAGGUUAUGGGCCCUACAAGCCAGUGCCACCCCCAAAACCUUUGCCCCAACAACCCACACAAUCACAGCAAGGGUGUCUCACGCCGCCUCCGUACAGGAUGCCCCCGUAUCCCCUGUACAACGAGCCGAGUAUUCCGGGAGCUACAGGAUUAGAUACUCCGGUGCCUACAUCCAGUCCUGCUGCGCAGCAGGGAUUGCACACGCAUUCUAGUAAAUUUCCGAUCGAAAGGGAAGUCAUCUUGUCUAGCACCGACAAGAACUCCAAGAUCCCGAUCCUCCACGAUUACAAGAAAAGAACUAAAGGCGCCAUCGCCCCCGACGUCCCACCCAAACAGAUGGCUGCUUGGACGGCACAGGGCCAAACCCAUCAGAUUCUGAGCCCCGAUCAGAAUCACUCAGGAAUGGUGCAAACCCCCCACCAACAAACCGAGCAAAACCCCGUCUUCCGCGCCACCUACCACCCCGCCCCUCAAGAGUAUUACAACGGCCAAUCCAACCCUUCGACGGGGGCGGUGCCACGUCAGUCGUGGCACGGCGACGCCCCAAAACCCGCCCCCCGCCCCUACCAGGAAGACUUUCCCCAAAACAACACACAGCAGGUCACCGUACAAAUUGAACAAUCGAAGGAACAGUCCUCCAAGGAUAAGAAGAGCAUGACGAAGACUUACCACACGAUUAAAGAUAUCAUAUCUAGUCGUUUCAAGAAUAACAAUAAAGAAAAUCCUGAAGACAAACCAGACGAGCCCGGUUUGAAUAACGUAACGGAGGAAUUAAGGCGGAGUCAGCGCAACUUGGGGGAGGAGCAAACGGAGAAAAAGAGUGGGGAGCAAGGUAUUUACGGAAAACCGCGGAUCGACCAGAACAUCUCGCACCAGCAACAUCAAUACAAUCAGCACGUGAUACAGCAGCAAAUGUUGCAGCAACAGUAUCAGGUUAACCAACAGUUAAAGAUGCAGCAAACUAUGUACCAACAGCAACUGGUGCAGACUAGAAGUCAGGAGAUGUUGGCAGCGAGGCCCGACGAACAGCUGUACUAUCAGAACGCGUACGGAGCGACGCCACAAAGAGGCGCAAACAGAUUCGUGGUACCGGGGAACAGAGAACAAAACUACGUUCAAAUGCAACACCAUCCCCAGUUCGCUGCUUCUAAAGAAAAAGACGAAAGACGCCAACCUAUAGCGAUGGAGCGACGAAGUGCCCAACAAAUCGAAAGGGACAGUCAACGUCAAAAAAGUUUCGAAGCUCGUCGCGCCGCCUCCCAGCCUCAACUGGCGUACGAAGACGAAACGAAAACUGAAGUUCCGGAUAGCCGUCCCCAACCGCAAGCCGCCCCCACGCGUCGCGGUUCGCAUGGAAAUAUCAUGGAAGCCGGUCCUGCUCUUCCGUUGUCUGCCGAUACAGAAAAGGACAGUGAUGACGGUGGUUUUCUCAAACGCAACAACUCUAAAGAGAGAAGAUUGGAUGACAAGAAAGCAAAUGAACAGUCGAACCAAGAAGAAGAAAACAAAGUGACUGAAGCUUUGCAAGGGACGCCGAGAAAGCGUCUGGAGGGCGAGAUCGGCAAGAUCGAGGGUGUGUACAAUGUAGGACAGAGAUCCAAGGAUGAAGAUCUCAGGGGAAAGAAAACUCCGGGGUCCGCUGCUAGUUCAGAUUACGAUAAAACAGGACAGUCGUCUUCGAAUGCGGACUCUGGGAGGGGAAGUGCGGCGUAUAGUAGCGGGAGGAGACCGGGAGGGAUUGAUUUAGGAGAGGGUGACGCAGCUCAGGUUAGAGAUGGACAUUACAGGGAUCAUGUGAGUCAUGAUUCGGAGUGGGUGGAUAUUGUGGAGAAUGAGUUGAGAAAUAUUUUGGAGCCAAAGCUUCACGAAUUGUCGUUGCAAGGUAAUAGAGAUGGAAUUGCUAAUUCGACUUUGAGUGAAAGCAUAUCGUCGAUGACUCCUCCUUUGCCACCUUUAUCACCUGGAGAACAGUCUUCGCCUAAUAUCACGCCACGGAAUUCCACAAGAUAUAAACACAGUAGUAGCUUACCAUAUGGAAGUAAACCUGACUACGACGGGUACAGCAGAUCUUCAAAGCUCCACACGGGGCGAGAGUCCAGUGCAAAUGGUCGUUGGCACAACAGCAAUAACCAAAAACACAAAAACACUAAGAAAAUCGAUCACAAUGCGGUUUUGAGAGGAAAACAAAUUUUUGGUUUAGAUACCACAGACUUGACCUCCACCACAACCAGAUCACUAGACUUGGAAUCAAUGCUGGAUGGACAGAGCGACUCGGAUGGCGAUAUCAGCACAAGAGAUGCCCGAGCAAUUAGAAAACAGCUGGAGGGAUUAGAAACCAUGUAUUCGGAAGUUCUAAAGCUUCUGGGUGUAAAGAAAUACAGCGGACGAUACCAGCCUUCAGAUCCGAGAUUCAGUAAAAGAAGAUACGGAAGCAUGUCGUCUUUGCCAUCCAGCUCCGUCAGCAGUCGGCCAAUCCGAGACAAGCGACGUGCCCACGAAGACAGAAAAAAAGUGAGAGACAUCAGAGGAAUCAAUAAAAGAUUUCAACGACUGGAGUCUCACGUAGUCACUCUUGCAAGGUCCGUCGCCCACUUAUCCUCCGAAAUGCGUACCCAGCACCUGAUGAUCCAAGAAAUGGAAAACAUCAGAGGUGAAAUAGCAGCGCUGAGGACUCAGACGAAUAUGUUGAACGUUCGAUCGCAGUCUGCGACGAGAGCUAUCAACACGUCCAAGGAUUUGCCGACACUGGCCAACCCCACAAGAGUGAAAAAACUGACGAAGUUUUUUGGCGAUGAGCCGCCAUUAUUGAGAUUGUUUUUAAGGAAGCUUGGUUAUGAGAAAUAUGCUAACGUAUUUGAGAACGAACGCGUUGGAAUGGUCGAACUGCCGUAUCUUAGUGAAGAAAGACUUCAGAAGAUGGGAGUACCGUUGGGACCACGACUCAGGAUUAUGCAGGAAGCACAGAUUUCAGUCUGCAAGGAUAAUACGUUGUGUAUAGUUUAGGAAUGGUAAAAUCAGACAACAGUUAUUUAGGGAUUUAAAAAUAGUUUUAAGUUUUGUAUUUACUUGAGUAUUUAUUGUUUUAAGCGUUUUUAUAAUUGUCUGAUUUAUUUGUGUUUGUAAAUGGCGGCUCGGAGAAAACCUCGGUUUUGUAGUUUUAUUUUUUAUUCUUAAGAUGUAUUUAUUUAUGCUAUAUUUGUCUAGUAACUUUGUACAUACAAGAUUAGGAACAGUUUUAAGUUAUUGCCAAUAAUACCAAAGAAGUAUUC